AUGGACUCGGACCCUUCUAGGCCAGGCCAGGCACUAAGACUGCUUACUGAGAAUUUCGGUAAACUUGAGCCGCACAACCAAAAUAAGAUGGAGGGCUUAUUACAAGAUAAAAAACUCCAUUUGGUUCUUGAUCUUGAUCGUACGCUAUUAAGCACCACUUUGUUAGAAAGUAUGACAUCAGAAGAGGAAUAUUUGAAGAGACGGGCAAAACCAGAUGUCUCAAAAGGAAAAGGGAGCCUCUUCAUAUUGAAGAAAAUAUACAAGGAUGAUAUGGUUACCAAGUUGAGACCUUUUGUAAGGAAAUUUUUAAAAGUAGCAAGUAAAAUGUAUGUAUUGCACAUCUAUACAAUGGGCAAUAGGUCUUACGCAUUGGCAAUUGUUAACAUUCUUGACCCAAGAAGAGAGUAUAUCAAAGGAAUUAUCAUAUCAAGGGAUGAUGUGAUCACCAAAAAAAAUGAAAAGACCCUUGAUGUUAUCCCUGGACCAGAAAGUGCUAUUUUGAUUCUUGAUGACAACGAAAAGGUAUGGAGAAAGCAUAAUAGAAAUCUAAUAAUAAUGGAACAAUAUAAUUAUUUCAGAUCAAGUUUUAGAAAAUCCAAAUCUAAAUUCAAAUCAUAUUCUGAGAUGAAGAGUGAUGAAAGUGCGACUGAAGGAAAUCUUGCAACUGUUCUCAAAGUUCUUAAGAAAAUCCACUAUAUGUUCUUUGACGAAUCCAAUAGAGACAAGCUUAUAGACAGGGAUGUGAGGCAGGUGUACAAAAGUGUACAGAAUGAAGUAUUAAAGGGCUGUAAAAUUUUAUUUCUCAUGAAUUUCCUGAUAGAUAAUCCGAAAAACCAUCCACGGCUCUGGAAUAUGGCAAAUCGUUUGGGUGCUACUUGUUCAACAGAAUAUGAUCCAUCAGUGACACAUGUGGUGUCAAGGGAUUUUGGAACAAGGGGGUCUCGUUGGGCAGUGAAAGAGAAAAAAAUUUUGGUACAUCCUCGGUGGCUUGAAGCUGCAUACAUUAUGUGGAAAAAGCAACCUGAAGAAGACUUCCCUGUUACCCAAACCAUGAAAGCAUACCAUCCCCAUUUCAUUAAACAAAUGUUCACCUUGCUUGUUUUUGAAGAAGUUAAAAAGCUUUUCAGCCAAAAUCAUGAUGGGUUUGAUGAGAAAAUGAAAAGAAGCUACGGCACCUUACUUAUUUUUUUGUCAACAUAUUGGUUUGAUUUUAAAUUGGAAAAGCUGGGAAAAUAA